UUCUCCCCUUAAUCAAGACGAUGUUUACCCUUGUUGUUGUUGUUGUUUGUAACCGCGACAAGUGUGAUUCCUCAUGGUUGUGGUGGUGGUGACGACUGUGGUGCAGUGAACCUGUUCGGAUAUGGCUACAUCAGACGAGGUGCAGUUGGUGCGGUUGUAUACCCUCGGGGUUAUUGUCCUCGGAUGCAGAGUACACGCCAGUUUCGGGACCAUUUUCGGGUUCAAUCACAAGUGGGACCGCAUUGGAUUCGCAUCCCCGCAAAUAGCGCAAAAGUCUACUCCUGUGACGUCUCAGACAUACUACGUACCCAACUCGGAGCCUGCUGAUCUCAGAAAGCAUCCACCCAUCAGGUAUGCUGGAGCCCGAUUGCUGGAAUUGUUUUUCAACCCGAGUCAGGACCCGUGUUUGGGCAAAUCGGGUUUGGAAGGAACGUGUUACAAUAGCUUUGACUGCUCCCGAAGGAAAGGGAUCGCUGAUGGGCCAUGUGCCACUGGGGGGCCCGGGGUUUGCUGCGUGUUUAUGGUUAAGUGUAACGAAGCCGUCGUACAGAAUGGAACUUACUUUAUCAACCGGAAUUAUCCUGAGCCAGACACAAGCGCGGAUGUGUGCCAGGCGACCAUCGAUACCAAAGAAAACAUAUGCCAAUUGCGACUUGAUUUCAUCGCUUUUCGACUGAAGGGACCUGAAGCUGGAACCUGUUCCGAGGACCGUUUCAUAGUAUCUGGCCUCGGGGCAUCCCGAGGAAUACCUACUAUUUGCGGCAUGAACGAUGGCCAACACUUGUACAUUGACUCACGAGAAGCGUCGAAGCAAGUGACAAUGAACGUCCUGCUGCUUAACAAGAGUGAUCGAUUGUGGGUCAUAAGAGUGACGGAAAUCAGCUGCAAUUCCGCUUUCAAAGCUCCUGAUGAUUGUCUUCAGUUUUUCACCGGCUUUACUGGCUACAUCUCCAGCUUCAACUAUAACACUGCGUCGCACGAAGGGCAGUACUUCAACAACCUCGACUAUGCUAUAUGCUUACGCAAAGAAAAAGGGCAUUGCAGCGUGACCUACAAAAAUCGCGACAAUUUCCAGGUCCUGAACAUUGGCUCUCACAAAUAUGGUUAUUCGUCUACGACCUUGACUACAUCGAAAGGAGCUGCUGGUGCUGGAAUUUUCCAGUGUCCCGAUGAUUAUAUUGUACUUACGGGUGGUUUGAGACUCUGUGGGGAAAAGCUGAAUGACGGCAGUCAGUACACGAAUUCUUGUAUGAAUGGACCUGUCAUCGGUUAUUAUUUCCCCGAGCGACUGGAUUUGAGAGCAACCGCGACGAACGGAGGAGUUGCUCCGAAUGCGGAAGCGGUUAAGCAGCAAAAUGGGGACGGAACUUACGCGUGGAAAACGGAUCAUCCGAAAUUGUCCAAAGUGCGGCAAAUGUGUAACGACCCUGCGGGUAUCAAAGUUUUGGAAGAAGGUUUACAUCCGCCGGAUUAUCAACUCAAAGGCAUCGCAGUUGUCACUCGACACGGGGAACGUUCCCCGGAAAUCGCAUUCCGCGGCCUGGACACAUUCAACUGCAGUUUGCCGCCGUCGUCUGCGUACGCGACAGACCUGAAGGCAUUCCUGAGCACGGCGUCGGAGUUGGACAAGGCCGAAGAGCCGUCGAUCCCGGCACGAUUCCGACGGCCUCGGAUUGUGUCCAGAGACGGCAGUUGCCGGCCGUGGGCCAUCACGCAAACUGGGGCUGUGCAGGCGUCGUUGAAUGGCCGGGCCAUUUCUGACGCAUUUCUCGACGCCGGCGUAGAGCGGCUCAAGAGGAUCUCACCUUCGGAUGAUGUUUACAUUGCUUCCACAGCAUACUCGAGAACAGUUGAGUCUGCACUGGCGUUUUGGUCGGGCUUUGAGAGCAAUCAUCCAAAGAUGAACGUGACGAAUGGGCGCUGGCCCGAGAUGGGCAUUGUGGACAACGUGGCCUUCUGCUUCCGAAGGUGCUCGUGCAGACGAGGAGACGUGCUGAGGCGGACGGAAGACCGGGCCAGGGCCGCGUUCUUUCGUGAGCACCCUGCAGUGGCCAGGCUGACCAAGGAAGUCAGCAGGAUCGUGUAUGAUGAAAAGGGUCAGAAACGGGCCAAAUGGCCGAGUGACCUGUUGGAGUCGUUGGUCCUGUGGUUUUGCCACGACCGUCCUUUUCCGUGUACUCAGGAUGCCGAAACGGGUGCGAGAGCCUGUGUGAAACCGCAGAAUAUUGCCAGUCUGUUUUCCUAUGAAAACCGGGCCGAUGACUUGAAGGACGAGCUGCGAAUGGCACUCAAGGGAUACGGCUUGGCUGAAGAAAUUGUGCGUUUGGCAAAGGAGAAGAUUUUUGUGGAGCAGAAAAAACUGGUGCUGUUUUCUGGCCAUGAUUACACUGUGGAAUAUUUGCUGUCGUUUUUCGGGCUCAAAAAGGACUUGCCGCCAGUUCCGUUCUCAGCACGACUUGUCAUUGAAUUGUAUGAGAACUCGAAGGAUCCCCUGGACCAGCGGUUCAGGGCCAUCUACAAUGGCAAAGACAAGACCAGUCGGGUGUCCUUUUGUGCCAGCAACGACGCCAAAGGUGGAUCAGAGCUGUUGGACGUGCAGGAGGAGGCUCGGAUUUGGCAGGCUGUGAGAGACCCAGAUGGGCCAGGAGUGGACAAGGAGCCGGGCCAGGGCCUGCCGUUUUGGUCCAUGUGCAGGUUUGCCGCGUUGGAUGAGUUUGUGCAGUCUGGCUUCGUGCGUGGGCUCAAGGCGAAGUCCUUUGAGGCGGCGUGUCGGCUUCCUGUUGAGAAGAAGAUAUAAUUUUUUUUUACUUUUUAAGAUUUGGCUGAAGGUUUAAGCAAGGAUUUUCGACAUAAACCUCGGAAAUGCUAAAUUAAGCUUCAAAAUGAAAAUUUCUAUGUGAAAUGUUUUUUAUAGUGAUAUUAUGCUCAUCAUAAAUUUUAUAAGCAUUCCCUAAAAAACUUUAGAAAAAGCAAAUCAUGAUAAUUGAUAGCAUAAUUUCUUUGAAGAGUUGAAUGUUAAAUUCCUGGAUCACUGAUUAAUUUUGUGAUGCAUCACUUUUUCAUGCAUUCCUAUACGCAAAGAUGAACUACGCAUUUCUCAUAAUAAAAAUCAAUCUUCCUCAGUUGAUUGUUAGAUUAUUACCUGCAUUUGAUAGAAAUUCGUAACGAAUUUUGAGGAAUCUAAUGUGUAAGUUUUCAAGUCAACUUUGCUGCUCUUGUGAAAAAAGGAUUUCCGCUUGAAUGGUGGAGAUAUUAUAUUUAUGCUUCUGGAUUUUGAUCUGGAGAUUGAAAAGCAAGUUGAGUAAUAAACUAAUAAUCAAGGAAUCUUUGGGAAAGUUUUUAAAAUCUCUUCUGGAUAUGAUAGCGUGUGAUCAUUUGUAGAUCUCCUCGGAGGCGCAUGACCUUUGUAUGACCCAUCAUCUACGUUCAAAAAGUUUGUCAAGAUUUUUUUCACUCUAGCCUUUCGUGGUACAAUUAGUCUUGAGAAGUCUCCCAAGAUUCGGUCAAGUAGGCAUUCCCGUAUUACAUUCGCUUCCUGGCAAAUUUCCAUAUUUUUUGCGAAAAAAUGAAACUUUGCGCGCGAAAUAUAUUCCAGCAAGAAAAAAUCCUCGACUUUUUUGCAUUCCUGUAUGAGGUGGUACAGUACUUCAUUUUUUUUCAAGGUUGCUGUGCUUUGUGACUUCCAAAAAUUGUGUAUUCCUGGGAAAACUGUUUGGGUCACGGGUUACCAGAGUUGAUUUCAUAAGUUUUGUUUGUUAUCGACUUCGCACUGAACUUUUGAAGCAACCUUCGUAUUUCAGCUGUAAUUUCCAAUUAAUUUGAGAAAUGCUCUCCCUGUCUUUCCAGAAAUUUUAGUUUUCAUCCAAUAUUUGAGUGCUCAUGGAUUGAUGCUGUGUUGGUGGCUUUGAUGCGUUCCUUUUUAUUGUUUGGAUUUUUGGAGAAGGCACAGCUGUGAUGUUUUUUUUUAGAGGGAAAUAUUGAGUCUGAAGUUAUUCUUGGUUCCGGAAAAGAAAAACCUCCGUAUUUUUUGUUUUAGUUUUGCUUUUUUGGCGAUCAUGUUCAGAGAUGUCUGCUUUUAUUGUGGACUAAACAUUGGUUUUGCGUCCAUGUUUUUCCGCUUUUGCACGUGAACCGUUCCAUUCCGGAAUUUCAUGUAUUUUUGUCAUUGCACUUCCUGUUGAAAAACUUCCAGACGCGUGAGAGAAUGAAAGGAGGGAAGAAAAUCGUU